UGCGGCUUUUUGUGUAUUUGUAAUAUUUUUGUUGUAAAAUAUUUUGAUAACAUUAAUGUUGAUAAAAUCGUUUUAUAAAUGAAAAUGAAUGCAACGAGUUUGUAUGUGUCUACGUGUCGACUAAUCGUGCUCGCUGAUCCAACUGACAAAAGUUCAUGGACUGAUUUGUUUCGUUUAGUUCCAUAUUUACGACAAUCUUUGUCUUGCACUGUGUGUGGUAAUUUAUUGAAGGAGCCGUAUACUCCUACUAACUCCGGAUGCCAACAUCACGUGUGUAAAAAUUGCAAAGGCGGUCGAAAAAAAUUAAAACCAUCUUGCAGCUGGUGCAAGGAUUAUGACAACUAUAACGAGAAUCUUCAGCUGCGAAUACUUCUACAGUGCUACAAGAAGCUUUGUGAAUACUUCAUGGGAACAGACAUAUACAAAUCUCUUCUAGAGGAGGACGAAAUAGCAGCAGGUUUAAAUGGUGGCACAGUGGCAAGUUCAGGACUAAUAGAUCUAAUACAAGAGGGAGCUGGAUUCAGUGACGACUACAAGAGCAAUGCUGGGCUCUCAAAGUCCGCCUAUAGUAUUUUACCUUGUGUAUAUACAAAUACAACAUCUACGCAGACCCAAGUCGCAACAAACUCAACAAGUUCAGAACCAAGACAGUCCAAUAAAGAUUCACCAAACUCGAGAUCUGUAUCAAAUGGUUGUCCUUUAUAUUCAGUGAUGUAUGCUGGAUCUGGAAAUAAAAUAACUAUCAAAAGGAAAGCUUUGGAUGAGACUGACUCAUCACACACAGAGACACCUAAAGAGAGCAAAGCAAAAAGUAAUCAAUUAGGGUUUAAGAAGCCAUCAAAUCGUUCAAGAAAUUCGACCAGCAGUAAGAGAAAAGGUUGUCGCUGUGGCAACGCUACAGCCACUCCUGGGAAACUGACAUGUUGUGGACAGAGGUGCCCAUGCUAUGUCGACAGUAAACCCUGUACGGAAUGUAAAUGUAAAGGCUGCAGGAAUCCUCAUAGAGCUGAUGGUUUGAAGGUGAGACCUCACAUACCUCAGCUGGAUUCAAUACAGUUAACGUUAAAUACCAAUCCGGAGACGUCUCCCUCAUGCUCUGGGUCGUUGGACAGUCUGGAUACAGACACUCUCACAAUGGAAGCAAUGGAAGAAUCUCUUAGUUUCUCAUCUGAUCUGAAAUCGAAUAUAAAAGUGUACACAAGUCAAUUACAAGAUGUAUCACCAUCUCUACCUGCAACUAUCAUGAUGGAUGAGGAUUUAGGUGUAUCGCCGGAUGAAGAUCUCAGUUCUCCUCAAGAUGAUUACACAUGCUCUCCAAGAGAUUACCUGGAUCCAGACCUGGAAUCUCCUCAAUCGGGUGGCACACAGGAUGUAAAUAGUGAUAUUGAGUUAGAUGUAUGACAACAACUGUCACUCGGAAGUGAUUAGUGCUCCGACUUGGACUGAACGAUAUGCAAUAUUUUGGAAUUGUGUGAUUUCACAUUAUGUGAUAUGAUAAAAAAGAAUAAAAAAUGACAAGCAUGUCAAUGGUAAUAUAAUAUAUCUCUUUUGAUAAUAAUCUGCACAAUAUCAGUAGCAGAAUAAAUAGCAGAACAAUUAAUAAGCUGAUGACGUAAAAUUAAUUUUACUAGUCCUGAUAAGCAAUAUUGUAUCACAAAAUGUGAAAACACUUUUAGUUCUACACUUGCCACAAUUAUUUCCAUAUAAAAUGUUUAAAUACCACAAUAUAAAGUGAUACAUAGUGAUAAAUAAAUUUAGCUAAUAUAAAAAAUAAAUUGAUCAAUAGUUUUUUACUAUCAUUAUAAUGUACAGGAUUUGCUCAGUGUAAGCUAUGUUUCAUAAUAUUGUCACAGUAUGUUCAGAAUUCAGAUGCAUAAUCAUGUCAAAUGAUUAUUUGAAUUCGCUAAUGUCUGUUUUAUCAUUAAUGUCAUUUAAGGGUGGGUUGCAAGUUGCAACUUGCACCAGAGG